AUGAAGGGAUGGAACAAACAUAUGAAGAAUCUUGAUGAGAAGGUCGUGUACAGUGCCAUCAUGGGAGAUGAGAUGGUCGGAAAGACCAGCAUCUCCGAGAGCUAUGCUGAGAAGUCUUUCAAUGAGAAUUAUGAAGCCACAGUGUUUGACAACUAUGUCGUUCCCCUGCAAGUAGCCGGAAAGGAGUUUGUCAUCAGCAUGUUCGACACUGCAGGAAAGAAACGUUUUGAGAGCCUAAGGAUGUUCUCCUACCAGGAAAGUGAAGUCCUGCUUUUGUGUUUUUCUACCUGUGACCGGAAGACAUUUCACACCGUCAAUGACCUAUGGAUGCCUGAACUAAAGAGACACUCCAAACAACACAAACAGAAGAGACCUGUCAUCCUCGUGGGCACGAAGAUAGACCUCCGAGUCGGAAAUGAAGGAAUUGGGGUCAGCACGGACGAGGGUGUCCAGUUGGCCAAGGACAUCGGUGCUGACUGCUAUGUGGAGUGCUCGGCUAACGACCACAAGGGCUUGAAGGAGGUCUUUCAGCAUGUUGUCUUCUCUGCUCUCAAAUUCAGAAAUAAGAGAACCAACAUUAUCCAGAAGAUGUUCAGACGCAGAAGUGCCUCUUUUGUAAAUUACUAG